UGGGUUGAACUCUUCAAACUCCACAAAUAUUUCAUUUUUCAAAAAGAAAUUUAGUUACACUUCUAAGACACUUUAAAGCUCGGUAAAAUGGAUCCGAAUAUGAUGAUAGAAAAAAAACUAACAGACAGCGACGUUUCUAAUAAAGCUCGUUUGCAUUUGCCUAAAAAAAAGGUUGAGAACAUAAUAAGAAGCACGGGAGUUCCAAUUCCUCGAAAUGGUAUCCAAGUAGAAAUUCUGGACAAUAACAACUCGUAUUGGGUAAAUUUCGGAGUAGGUGGAUCAGGUUAUUUUAUCGGAAGUGGGUGGGUCAAUCUAAGAGAUGCAAAACAUCUUAGAACAGGAGAUAUCAUCAAAUUAUAUUGGGAAAAUACCAAAUUUAUUUUUUCUAUGUAAAAAACCUAUAUUUCUUUUGUUGUUAAUUUUAUCUUGUAUACAUUAAUCAUUUUCUUAAUAAACCUAAUUUAAUUAAUGUAUUUUGGUUAAUAAUAUGUGUUUAGUUUCAA